UGUGGCUGCGGGGCCGCAAAGAUGGCGGCGACGCUCCGCGCCCGCUCGCUGAGGCACCUCCGCAUCCGAGGUCGGAACGACAGCGGCGAGGAGAACGUGUCCCUCGAUCUCAGCCGAGAUCCUUGUGAUAAUAUGAGAGAGAUUCUCCAAAAUGUGGCCAAAUUACAGGGCGUGUCAAAUAUGAGAAAACUAGGUCACUUGAAUAAUUUUACUAAGCUUCUUUGUAAUACUGGCCAUGCUGAAGAAAAGUUGGGUUUUACCUAUGACAGCAUCAUUAUAUGUCUGAGGUUAGCUUUACUGAAUGAAGCAAAAGAGGUGCGAGCAGCAGGAUUGCGAGCCCUCCGCUAUCUCAUUCGAGACUCCAGUAUUCUCCAGAAGGUGCUAAAGUUGAAAGUGGAUUAUUUGAUAGCCAGGUGCAUUGACAUACAGCAGAGUAAUGAAGUAGAAAGAACACAAGCACUUCGAUUAGUCAGAAAGAUGAUCACUGUGAACGCUUCAUUGUUCCCCAGUUCUAUUACUAAUUCUUUGAUAGCAGUUGGAAAUGAUGGUCUUCAAGAAAGAGACAGAAUGGUUCGAGCAUGUAUAGCCAUUAUCUGUGAGCUAGCUCUUCAGAAUCCUGAGGUGGUGGCUCUUCGGGGUGGUUUAAGUACCAUCUUGAAAAAUGUGAUUGACUGUCAGCUAAGCCGAAUAAAUGAGGCUCUGAUAACUACAGUUUUGCACCUCAUUAAUCAUCCAAAGACCCGACAGUAUGUGCGAGCAGAUGUAGAAUUAGAGCGAAUUUUAGCCCCUUACACAGAUUUUCACUACAGGCAUAAUCCAGACACAGCAGAAGGACAACUCAAAGAGGACAGAGAAGCGCGAUUCCUGGCUAGUAAAAUGGGAAUAGUGGCUGCAUUUCGAUCAUGGGCAGGUAUUAUCAGCCUGUGCAAACCUGGAAAUUCUGGGAUUCAGUCUCUCAUUGGGGUACUCUGUAUACCAAAUAUGGAAAUCCGGCGAGGUCUGCUUGAAGUUCUCUACGAUAUAUUUCGCCUUCCUCUCCCUGUUAUUGCAGAAGAAUUUAUUGAGGCACUUCUCAGUGUAGAUCCAGGCAGGUUUCAAGACUGCUGGAGACUUUCUGAUGGCUUUGUAGCUGCUGAGGCUAAAACUGUUUUACCCCAUCGAGCCAGGUCAAGGCCUGAUCUCAUGGAUAAUUACUUGGCUUUAGUGCUUUCUGCUUUUAUUACCAAUGGGCUUCUGGAGGGUCUGGUUGAAGUGAUCACAAGUAGCGAUGACCAUGUAUCUGUCAGAGCAACUAUCCUUUUGGGAGAACUUCUGCACAUGGCAAACACAAUUCUUCCUCAUUCUCAUAGCCAUCACUUGCACUGCUUACCAACACUGAUGAAUAUGGCAGCAUCCUUUGACAUCAUGAAAGAGAAAAGACAGCGGGCAAGUGCAGCACUCAACUGCUUAAAACGUUUUCACGAGAUGAAGAAAAGAGGCCCUAAACCUUACAGCCUCCAUUUAGAUCAUAUUAUUCAGAAAGCCAUCUCAACACACCAGAAAAGGGAUCAGUACCGUGUGCAGAAAGACAUCUUUAUUUUAAAGGAUACCGAAGAAGCACUCAUCAUGAAUCUUCGAGACAGCCAAGUGCUCAAUCACAAAGAGAACCUCGACUGGAAUUGGAAUUUAAUAGGGACCAUACUCAAGUGGCCAAAUAUAAAUUUAAGGAACUACAAAGAUGAACAGCUGCAUAGGUUUGUAAGGAGAUUGCUGUAUUUUUACAAGCCUAGCAGUAAACUCUAUGCUAACCUGGAUCUGGACUAUGCCAAGGCGAAGCAGCUCACUGUUGUGGGUUGUCAAUUUACUGAAUUUCUUCUUGAAUCAGAGGAGGAUGGACAAGGUUACCUGGAGGAAUUGGUUAAAGAUAUUGUACUUUGGCUCAACUCUUCAUCAGGCAUGAAGCCUGAACGUAGUCUUCAGAAUAAUGGGUUACUAAAUACCCUUAGCCAGCACUACUUCCUGUUUUUUGGUACUUUAUCUUGUCACCCUCAUGGAGUGAAAAUGCUUGAAAAAUGCAAUGUUUUUCAGUGUCUUCUUAAUCUUUGUUCUUUGAAGAACCAAGAUCACUUGUUAAAACUGACUGUUUCUAGUCUGGAUUAUAGCAGAGAUGGAUUGGCAAGAGUCAUCCUUUCUAAAAUCCUGACAGCAGCUACUGAUAGCUGCAGGUUAUACGCCACAAAACACUUAAGAGUGUUGCUGAGAGCUAAUGUAGAGUUCUUCAGCAACUGGGGGAUUGAGUUACUGGUGACCCAGUUACAUGAUAAAAAUAAAACUAUUUCUUCUGAGGCACUUGAUAUUCUAGAUGAGGCGUGUGAAGACAAGGCCAAUCUUCAUGCUCUUAUCCAAAUGAAACCAGCUCUUUCUCAUCUUGGAGACAAGGGUUUGCUUCUACUCCUAAGAUUUCUGUCCAUCCCAAAGGGGUUUUCUUAUCUAAAUGAAAGAGGUUAUGUAACAAAACAGAUGGAAAAGUGGCAAAAGGAAUAUAACCUAAAAUACGUUGAACUGAUUGAAGAACAACUUAAUGAAGCACUUACAACAUACCGCAAACCUGUUGAUGGGGAUAACUAUGUUCGUCGGAGCAACCAAAGAUUACAGCGACCACAUGUCUACCUGCCAGUUCACCUUUAUGGCCAACUGGUGCACCAUAAAACAGGCUGCCAUUUAUUGGAGUCUCAGAGUAUUGUUACAGAUCUAAGUUACACUGUUCGUUCUCCAAUGCUGGAUAAGUGGGAAGGAAUUAAGCAGCUGAAGGCAGCCCUUUGGGCCUUGGGCAAUAUCGGAUCAUCGAAUUGGGGUCUUAACUUGCUUCAAGAGGAGAAUGUAAUUCCUGAUAUAAUGGCACUUGCUCAACAUUGUGAGGUUCUGUCUGUUAGAGGAACCUGUGUCUACGUGCUUGGUCUAAUAGCCAAAACUAAACAAGGAUGUGACAUUUUGAAGCAUCAUAACUGGGAUGCAGUGAGACACAGUCGUAGACAGCCUUGGCCAGUGGUCCCUGAUGACAUGGAGCAGCUCUGCAAUGAACUUUCUUCUAUACCAAGCACUCUUAGCUUGAACUCUGAGUCUACCAGUUCAAGGCACAACAGUGAAAGUGAAUCUGCUCCAUCAAGCAUGUUCAUCAUGGAGGAUGACCGUUUUGGUAGUACUUCCACCAGUACUUUCUUCCUAGAUAUUACUGAAGAUGCAGAACAAAUAUUUUAUGACAGACCUGGACCUUCAAAGGACAAAGACCGUAGUCCCUUUCCUUUUUUUUCUUCUAGUAGACUUGUGAAAAAUCGCAUUCUAAACUCUCUUACUCUACCUAAUAAAAAACAUAGAAGUAGCAGUGAUCCAAAAGGAGGAAAGCUGACAUCAUCUGACAGUAAAUUUCUGAGGCGAAAUCGUACAGUAACAGAACCUAGUGGUAGCAUAGACUUUCCUGCUGGGGAAGAAUUGAACCCUGUUUUCAGAGUUCCAAAAAUCCAGACUUUACGAUUAGAAACUUCUUUUGUUGGAAGCAAACAUGUGGAAGAUACUGAUUGUACUCAGAGUAUCGGAGAAAAUGAUCUGAAGCUACCAAAAGGUCUUGGAAAUGAAAUUCAUCGGGAAAACACAAGCAAAGAAAGGCUAAUUGGAGAUGGUACUACACAAACACAUUUCAAGAGCCGUAGCUUAAGUUUUAAUACAGAUACCACUACAAGUGGUAUAAGUUCAAUGAGCUCUAGCCCUUCAAGGGAGACUGUAGGUGUGGACACUACAAAUGUAGAUACUGACUGUGGAAGUUUGAGUACUGUCGUAAGCACAAAGACAGUUAAACCAAGUCACUGUUCAACACCACAGUCUAACCACCUGCCUCUCUCAAAAUCCAACUCUGUAUCCCUGGUUCCACCGGGGUCUUCUCAUACCCUUCCCAGAAGAGCCCAGUCUCUUAAAGCUCCUUCUCUUGCUACGAUAAAAAGUCUUGCUGACUAUAACUUCAGCUACACGAGUUCUCGAGAUGCGUUUGGCUAUGCUACACUAAAGCGCCUGCAGCAGCAGAGGAUGCAUCCCUCACUGUCUCACUCAGAAGCCCUGGCAUCUCCAGCAAAGGAUGUGCUGUUUACUGACACUAUCACCAUGAAGUCUGGCAGCCUGGAUUCUCGACUAACCCCAAGCCGGUUCAUGAAAGCUUUAAGUUAUGCUUCGUUAGAUAAAGAAGAUUUAUUAAGUCCUAUUAACCAAAACACACUUCAGCGUUCCUCCUCUGUUCGCUCCAUGGUUUCUAACGCUACUUACGGUAGCUCUGAUGAUUACAUUGGCCUUGCUCUCCCAGUGGAUAUCAACGAAAUAUUUCAGGUAAAGGAAACCCCAUAUUUCCAGAAGAAAACUACACCUCCAUUUGAUGAGCAUGGAUCUAGGGUCUUUACAUCUGAUGCAGGAGGUCUUCCAUCAGGUGCAAGUGAUGUUGUCAAAAGCCCUUUUCAGAUGCUCCGCCAGCAGAUCAGUCUCACAGAAAUAAUGAAUACCAGCCGUUCAGAUGCCUGUCAGUUCUUAGAAGGUACCGAGGACACAGGGCUCCAGGAGCACACAGAUGAGAACUGUCUUUACUGUGUCUGUGUUCAGAUUCUGGGUUAUCAGCCUAACACCAAAGUGAGCUCUUCCUAUAAUCGUGCAGAUUUUUCAGACAUUCCAUAUACUGACUGGUGUGGGCAGACCAUUCACAAUCACUUAGAUGUGCAUUCCUCCAAAUUUUCUGGAAUUUCAGGCUGUAGUGAUGCAGUAUCCCAUGGUUCAGCCAGCAGCACCAAGAGUACAGAGCUUGUAUUAGGAGUAAAGUCAAUCCCAGAUGACACACCAGUGUGCAGGAUACUUCUGCGGAAAGAGGUCUUGCGUUUAGUUAUCAACUUGAGCAGUUCAGUAGGAACUAAGGGCCAUGAAACUGGACUCCUGACAAUUAAGGAGAAGUAUCCCCAAGCAUUUGAUGACAUAUGCCUUUACUCUGAGGUGUCCUACUUGCUAGCACACUGUACAUUUCGACUUCCAUCCCGAAGGUUCAUCCAGGAGCUCUUCCAAGAUGUUCAGUUCUUGCAGAUGCAUGAGGAGGCAGAGGCUAUUUUGGCAACGCCGACACAACAGCCUGUAAUUGAUGCAUCAGCUGAGUCCUGACCUCUGCUCAGGCAGUGCUCUGCAUAUGGACUAUGAAAUGCUCAGACAACCUCCCACUGACUGGAUAAAAAGUUUGGAACAUCAUCUUCGAAACCUUCCAGAAGCUACUGGUACCUGAAGACUGAACUGAAAACAUUUUCUUCCUCAACCAAUUACUGGCACAGUCAUUUGAGCCCUUUGGGGAUUUAUUAGACAUUACCUUAGUUUUAAUAAUAGUAAUUACCAGUAUAUGCAAGAGCCGAGCACUGAACACCUCCACAAGUUUUCAUUUCAUUUUCUACCAUAAACUACGAUGAAAUAGGACAACUUGCAGAGACGUUUUUAAUUGACUUCCAAUUCUGUUCCAGAGAAGCAGAACGAUGCCUUGCUUUUUAAACCUGGACACCAGGAAUCAGAGAGAUGGGGGUGCAUUCCACUGCCAGCAAUGGGGAGCCAUGCUGUGGUUGUGGGCACCAGGGGAUUAAUGUUAGCCCUUCUCUGUUGAUUUUUGUACUGUUUAUAACACUACUUUGGGGAUUUGUAACUUCAGACAGAAAGAAAUGCCUCUGAAUCUGAGGUUUCAUUAAGUUAUUUUAAUAUUGCUAUAGUUUUAAGACAUUUUAUUAGCAGUCUCUCCGAUUUCAUUGCAUUUACCUACAUGUAUCUUGUCUGAACCAGUUAAGGAUUUUCACUACAAUUUGAUUUUCAAAACAAGUCAUUUAAACCUUAAAAUGCUGAAAUCAGAUUGUUUUCCCUGAAUACUAUGCAUGUGUUUGCAGUUUCUACACUCAUGCUCAUAUAGUACAAAUGUGGGUCUUACUCAACUACAAUCCUUUAAAACGCAUGAUUUGUAUCAGAUAAGCAAAUAUUGUAUAAACUGAACUUGAAGACAUUUAGUCAUUGCAGGUUUUGUGAGGACACUUAAGUAUGAGUGUUUUCCAAGUUCCACGGAAACAGCUUUUUAUAAAAACAAAGGUUUAUUUGAAUUUUCAAUGGGUUAGUGAUCAAGCAUCAGAUAGUACUAAUAAUUGUAGUGAAAAGCCUUAAGUAACAAAUUUUGGAGCAGCUGUACUUAUAAUUUUGUACUGGUAUUUAAGACUUGUUGCAAAAGUUAAAUGAUACAGUGACUGGUAAUGAUUGAAGUAGUUGCCUCUAUCAUGUUACUAGUGCCGUUUCUAAACUAGUAAGUGCAAGCUAAAAAAAAAUUGUAGGAAUCCCUGUCACUUUUAUCAUGGAUCUAAAGACUCAGAAGCCUUUAUAUAAAGGUAGUAUAAAUAUAUGCAAAUGUGUAUAUACAGUAGCAUGGCCACCUUUGUUAGAAUGCCUGUAAUAGAGGGGAUUACCCUUUGAUUUUGAUAUAGGUGAAUAAUUCAGCUGGACUGUACUAAGUAGAACGUAUUUUUAUCCAUUCACUCCUACCAUUUUUUAUAAUUGUCAGAUUAAUACUUAAGUGAAAUUUAUCCUGAUGCUCAUAUCUCUGUUCUUACUAGCUAUGCUACUGGAGAUUUCAAUAAGUAGUCCUGUGAACAGUAACACACAAUUCCUAGUGAAAUGUAGAAUUUAUUUGUUCUUAUUGGAAAUUUCAUGACGUCACAUAAGCACUGCUUUGCAGCUAUCACUUCACUGAAUUCUUAUGUGCACUGCAUACCAUCAGGUUCUGGUAAAGCAGACUGUAAAUUGCUGCUCGUAGUCAAAUUUAGUUCCUAAGAUUAUCUUUUCAUGAGUUCCCACUGAAAGGAGCAAAAAGAAACUGAUUGAACUCUUCUAUGGUCAUUGACAUAAAUAAUACAUCUGUGUGGCAAGACAUGUUUGAAAUGUUUAGAAAACACACCACACCAGUAACUAUUGGGCUUCUGGUCAUGAGAAAUAAAUGCUUCUGUAAAACCAAAAUGUCAAUCACAGUAGACCAAAUAGUGGUAUAAACUCCAAAGGAAAAUAAUGUAGUUUUCCCACAAAUGGGGAUAGCGUAUGUUAUACAGUAGUUUCAAACACUACCUCAGUUAGGCUAGAGUAGAAGAGAUUUGUUUUAAUAACUAAAUGGGGUUACAUCAAACAACUCCAUGUUAUUUUUCUGCAGUUAAGGCAAAAUAAACAAGUUUUAUCACCUGUAUUUAAAAAACCCACCUCUCUUCAUUUCUUAAGUUUAACCCAUAGCACUUAAUGUAGAAAGCAUCGUAGGAAGGCCUCUGAUUAUAGAAAGAUAAGCAAAUAUACUUUUAAAAGAAUAUCCAUCCCAAAAUGCUCAUAUGUUCUGAAUAACGCGCUUGUGUGGGGAUCCAUGACAAUAGAAACUUGACAUAAAAAAUUAUGGCUGCAAAUUCAGUUAUAAAGCGUGAUUUCUCUUCUGAAAGUGUAUGAGUGUCAAUAGAUUUCAGCAAGUAUGCAUCAAGGAUGUUAAGUCUGUAUUGUACAUAACAUACAUUUCUAGAAAAUUAAUUUACACAUUGACAUUAAGCUCACAUUGAUGUUUCACUUUAAUUGGCAGAUGAAGGGGAUACUGUUAUUGAAGGAAAUUUAUAUUGGCUUAGUUAUAAACUGUGAAUUUCUAAUUUUAUAGUUCUCUUUUUUUUAAUGUCCCUUUCAAAGUCCUUAUUUUGGGGUUUUAUUUGUAUCAUGAGAAACUUUGAAAGAAAGCUGUAGUAAAUAAUGAUUGUGCUUACAUUAGCCCUAAUAAAAAAUCUCUUCCACUUCUCCUAGGGAAGCUGACAGACACCCACUUUUUAUAUUUCCAGUCUGAGUGAUUGGUGAUAAUGCUCAAUAAACGGUAAUGUGUGUAGCAUUCA